AUGCCUGACUGGAGAAUUUACUAUCCCUCCGGUACCUUCACAGAACCUGAAGAGAGAGAAAAGCUCUCGCAGGAUAUCACCUCGAUAUACACCCGCUAUGGACUCCCUGCUUUCUAUGUGGUUGUCCUCUUCAUUGAGAUGCCUGCAGCUACUAUUUUUCGAGCCGGACUCCCAUGCCCAAUGAAAGGAAAGAAGCCUUUCAUCAGGCUUACAUUCAGCCACAUCGCCAGGCGCUUCCCUCCCGGCGAGAGCCCUGUGAGAACUCGUUUCAUGAAACUCGUCCACGAGGCCUUGAAGCCACAUAUUGCAGACAGGGGUUACGAUUGGGAAGUCAAUGGCGAGGAGCUCGAACGAGAGUUUGUACAUAUCAAUGGUUUGAGAAUCCCCCCUACCGACUCCGAGGAUGAGAAAAGGUGGUUCCGCGACAAUGAGCCGUCACCUUGGGGCCCUUAUCUCAAACAAAAGCUCUAA